AUGGUGGUGGCCAUGUGGAGGGAAGGAUUAGCAUUUCAUCUCGUAAGAAGUCCUUAUUAUAGGAGUGCCUUUUCUUACGCUACCAAUACUUCUAAUCUUAGUGGAUAUGUACCACCAUCAUAUAAUAAAUUGAGAGGUCCACUGCUUGAUAAAGAAAGAGCUCAUGUAGAAAAUCUUCUGCAACCUAUAAAGAAUUCAUGGAAGCCAAAAGGUGUGACAAUUGUUAGCGAUGGAUGGAGCGACCCUCAAAGAAGACCUAUUAUCAAUUUUAUGGCUAUCAAUGAGAGUGGACCAAUGUUUUUUAAAGCAAUAGAUGGAUCUGGGGAGACAAAAGACAAGGAUUUUAUUGCCAAACACAUGAGAGAUGUAAUUAUGGAAGUUGGACCAAAAAACGUGGUACAAAUGAUCAUAGACAAUGCAGCAGUAUGUAAGGCAGCAAGUAUGAUCAUAGAAUCAAAAUUUUCUUCAAUCUAUUGGACUCCUUGUGUAGUGCACACCUUGAAUCUUGCAUUGAAAAAUAUUUGUGCGACAAAAAAUACAGAAAGAAAUAGUGAUCUUUAUGAAGAAUUUUAUUGGAUCUCACAAAUUGUUGAUGAUGCUACAUUUAUUAAAAACUUCAUUAUGGGGCACUCUAUGAGAUUAUCAAUGUUUAAUAACUUCAAUUCAUUGAAGUUUCUUUCUGUUGCUCCAACGAGAUUUGCUUCAACCAUUAUCAUGCUUAAAAGAUUUAGAAGCUUGAAAAGAGGACUCCAAGAGAUGGUAAUUAGUAAUGAAUGGUCGGAUUACAAAGAGGAUAAUGUUGAUAAUGCACGAACAGUCAAAGAAACUUUAUUGAAUGAUAAUUGGUGGAUGAAGGUUGAUUAUAUACUUGCUUUUACUGCCCCUGUUUAUUAUGUUAUCAGAAAAAUAGAUACGGAUAUGGCUACUCUUCAUUUAGUGUAUGAGAUGUGGGAUUCAAUGAUUGAAGAUGUGAGGAAGAUCAUAUACCAACAUGAAGGAAAGGCACAAUGGACUAUGGCACCUCCUCGUCGAGCUUCUCAAUCAUCCCAGGGGGACGCACCCGAUAUUUCCAGAGCCAUAGAGGCGAUGGUAGCAGCUGUGGCGCAGUAG